CGCAGUCUGUGUCGAAGCGCCGCGGUCACGUGACGGACGUGGGCCGAAGAACCGUCGGUCUCGGGCACGCCUGAACCUGUGACGUCACUCAUUCACUUUUACCAAACACAAAAGCGGGUUUGCGUGCUCGCGCAGCCCUGAAUAAUGGUCCAGGUCCAGGUCUACGUAAUUGUCCGAGACUACAUCGUAGUCCGGGUCUGCAUACUAGUCAAAGUCUGAGCUCAGAUGCAGGUUCAGGUGUGGUCUUUCAAGCCUAAAUGCAAAUGAAACUCAAUGCCCAAGUCGGCGUCUGGUCUUCGCUGCAGCACAAAUCUACGAGUGCUCAUCCGUCGCCCGAGUGUUUGAGGUGGUAUACUGUCUGGUUUCAAGUCCAGGUCCAGCGUUUGGUGCAGGCCUUGUAUCAGGAUCAGUUCGACAAUCUGGAGAAACACACCGGCUGGGGCAUCGACUUCCUGGAGAAAUACACAAAGUUCGUCAAAGAACGAGCGGACAUCGAACUCAACUACGCGAAACAGAUCAGAAACCUGUCGAAGAAAUACCUUCCCAAGAGGAGCAGAGAAGAGGACAACAGGUACACGUGGUGCGUGGCCUUCGGCGCCACCCUUCAGCAGCUCGGCGAGUUGGCGGCGCAGAGGGAGCUCGUCGCCGAGAGCCUCAACUCGCACGUCGCCGCCGACCUCAGCAGGUUCACGCACGACCUCAAGGCUGAGAGGAAGGCGCAUUUCCAAGAUGGCCGCCGUGCCCAGCAGCACAUUGAAAAUUCCUGGAAGCAACUGGAGUCUGCAAAACGACGUUUCGAGCGCGACAGUAAGGAGGCGGAACGAGCGCAGCACUCGUGCGACAGGAUGGACAACGCGGACAACAACGCGGACGGCGAGAAGCGCUGCUCCUUUAAGGCUCGUCAGGGGGCGCAACAAAAACAACAAACGGCCCAGGAGUCCAAGAAGGAAUAUUUGAGCACUUUGAAGCAGUUUAACCAGGACCAGCACCAGCACUACCACACGAUGGUUCCCGUUAUAUACCAGCGCAUCCAGGAAAUGGAGGAGCGUCGCAUCGAGUGCGUGAGUUCGGCCAUGCGCUUGUCGGCCGAGGCGGAGAAAAAAUCCCUCCCUGUCGUCAGCCGCUGUUUGGACGCCAUGGUGGACGCCGCGGAGAGCAUCCAGGCCCAGAUGGACACGCGCUCGGUGGCGCGCGCGUACAAGUCUGGCUUCGAGCCGCCGGGCGACGUGGACCCGGAGGACUUUGGUGCCUCCAUGAGGCGGAGCAUCUCAGAGUCCAGCUACCUGGACGAGCGCGCGGAGGGGCGGCGGCAGAGCAGGAAGCUGUGGCCUUUCCUCCGCAAAAAUAAACUGCUGAAUCUCCUGCCGUCGCCUCGGCAGCCGCCGCCGCCGCCGCCCGCCUCGCCUUCGCCGGGCCACGCGGCCGCCGGCCCCCCGUCCCCGCCCUCGAGCGCCAGGGAACCGAUCGCCCAGCGUCUUAACGACCUGAUGACGUCCGGCUCCCGAACCAGGAAGCAGUGCCUGCGCAGCCUCAAGAGAGGACUGUCCCUCAAACUGGGCUCCGCCCCUCCGGACUGCAGCCAUCUUCCUGCCGAGCAAAGGCGGAAAAAACUGCAAACCAGAAUUCACCACAUCGGACAAGAAAUCCUGCGAGAGCGAGAGCAAAGAGAGGCGCUGGUGAAGAUGAAGGCGGUGUACCAACAGAACCCGACCUUGGGAGACGGCGCCACCCUGGAGCCGCGGUUGGACGAAGUCAGACGGAGCUUGCACAGACUGGAGGAGGAGCUUAGGAACAACCAGGCGUGGCUGAUGGAGGCCGAACAGGGCACUGAGGGAUCUAUUCCGGGAACCCUGAAACAGAUCAAUGCCACAAGUCCAGACAGCAGAGAAAGUCCCGACGGCAGCUACACGGAAGAUCAGAGCGCCGAAGUUCGCUUCUCCAAGUCUCGAAGCUCCGAUUUCGACGACGACUUCGACGACGACGAGCCGCUGGCCAGCAUCGGAACCUGCAAGUCGCUCUACCCGUUCCGAGGUCAGAACGAGGGCACCCUGUCCAUGUGCGAAGGAGAACUUCUCAGCUUAGUGGAGGAGGACAAAGGCGACGGCUGGACGAGAGUGCGAAGGAACGCAGAAGAAGAAGGAUACGUGCCCACCUCCUACAUUCAGGUCUUCGUGGAGGCCAAAGGUUUCGUGCAGACGAGUCGGCUGGUGUGAGGCGCUCGAAGACGGCAGAUGGCGGCGCCGUCGCGUCCCGCGCCUUUGAGCCGGGUUGCCGUGACAACUGUUGCCGGGGGAACGCGGCGAAGCCCGCCGUCCGACUUAUUUGGAGGCCCGUCGUCGGCAGGCGUGCGCAAACCCCCGGUCGUUUUUUUUCCUCUUUGGCUGCACGAUGCGCUGAGCUGAGGGGAAAAAAGAUUUUAUUAUUUUGAAACUGCAUUUAGGAUGAUGGACCGCGGAAGUCUUUUCAGUAGGGUCAGAAUUUCAGGAACAGUCGACAGAGCCAUGUGACUUGUGUGUAAAUAUUCCUCCCGCGCGUCCAUCUUGAAUCCCGCCCCAACCUCGCCCCGAGUGUCGUCGUCGUCUUGGAUGUGAACGUCUUUUGUUUUUGACUUUCCCAUCAGCAGCUUCCUGUAUGUUUCCCGUUUCCAAGUAAAACAAGUCUAGACUGAGA